UUGGGAAAUCAGUCCUAUAUUGCUGUUUGCUUUGCAUUACUGCCUCUACCUUCAGAGAGAGAGAGCAGUACCAUAGAUUCACAUGGUAGCAGUUUCUGUGAACAUACAGUACCAGUGAAAAGUUUGGACACACCUACUCUUUGCAGAUUUUAUUUUUAUAUGAUCAAAUAAUAGCGACGACAUCAACUAUGAAAUCAUGUAGCAACCAAAAAAGUGUUAACCAAAUCAAAAUAUAUUUUAUUUUUGAGAUUCUUCAAAUAGCCAUCCUUUGCCUUGAUGAUAGCUUUGUACACACUCAACCAGCUUCAUGAGGUAGUCAACUGGUAUGCAUUUCAAUUUUGUAUUUGACCUUUAUUUAACUAGGCAAGUCAGUUGAGAACAAAUUCUUAAUUUCAAUGACGGCCUAGGAACAGUGAGUUAACUGCCUUGUUCAGGGGCAGAACGACAGAUUUUGUACCUUGUCAGCUCGGGGAUUCGAUCCAACCUUACGGUUACUAGUCCAACGCUCUAACCACUAGGCUAUGCUGCCGCCCCAAAAAUUAACAGGUGGGCCUUGGUAAUUUGUGGAAUUUCUUUCCCCCUUCAAUGCGUUUGAGCCAAUCAGUUGUGUUGUGACAAGGUAGGGUUGGAAAGUAAGACACAUCUCAACAUCAACUGUUCAGAGGAGACUGCGUGAAUCAGGCCUUGAUGGUCGAUUGCUGCAAAGAAAACACUACUAUAGGACAGCAAUAAGAAGAAGAGACUUGCUUGGGCCAAGAAACAAGCAAAUGGACAUUAGACCGGUGGAAAUCUGUUUUUUUGGUUCCAAACUCUGUCUUUGUGAGACGCAGAGUAGGUGAACGGAUGAUCUCUGCAUGUGUAGUUCCCACUGGGAAGCAUGGAGAUGGUUUGGGGGUGCUUUGCUGGUGACACUGUGUGAUUUAUUUCAAAUUCAAGGCACACAACCAGCAUGGCGACCACAGCAUUCUGAAGUGAUACGCCAUCCCAUGUGGUUUGCGCUAUCAUUUGUUUUUCAACAGGACAAUGACCCAACACACCUCCAGGCUGUGUAAGGGCUAUUUGACCAAGAAGGAGAGUGAUGGAGUGCUGCAUCAGAUGACUUGGCCUCCACAAUCACUCGACCUCAACCCAAUUGAGAUGGUUUGGGAUGAGUUGGACCGCAGAGUGAAUGAAAAGCAGCAUAAUAUAAUUUCCCUUUUUGUUGCAUGCAAUAUAGAUCAGUAUAUUUAUUUGAGUCAUUUUUGCUAGGGUUUAUCAAGGGUGUUAAUAAUUCCGGACCCCACUGUAUGUAUGUGAAUUAUUGACUUUUCCAGUGCUACGAUUUGUUAUGUUUUUACCGCUGUAGUCUGUUCAAGCACUAUUUGUCAUCUAAAGACCAUAUCAUUGAUUGUGGCAUUGAUCUCUAACUUCUGAUGUUGUGGAUCUCACAGGGCGGGCUACCAGGGAUCAUGAGUUACCAGAUUUCACGGAUAUCAAACACUACCUCCAAUACCUGAAACUUGAUGAGCCAAUCAUCGGUUUGAGUCUUUUGGCGGAGGUGGAGCCAGUCUCCCAUGACCGUCAGCCUGGCCCAAGAUACAUCUGCAGAUUAUGCGAUCUGGAGGCAUCCUUACCCAACAUGGUCAAUCAUUUAAUUGGUCGCAGACAUCGACAGAAUUACCUGGAUAUGAAAAGGAAAGACUUGGUGACAUGGGACAGUACCAAUGCCCUGGCUCAAUCAGGGAAGGCUUUACGAGCCAUGGCGGAGAUUGUGGAAAGACAGAAUGGGCAAGGAAGUCCAAAGCCUUUGAGGAAAAAACGAAAUGCGGGCAAAUUGAACAUUUCUAGAGCUCCCCCGAAAGAAAGAGGGGCCAAGAAUCAGCCAAAACCAACACUUUCUCAUCCAUCAGACAUGAGACGGGAAGGACACCUGCAUCCAGGGAGGAUGGAUUUCCCGGACGGGGAGUACCACCACAGAGGAGGCCGUCCUGAAGAUGAUCUAUAUAGACCUCCCUUCCAUGAAGACGAUCCUUACUUAUUGUCCGGGGCAUUGCGAGAGGUUUACCUGAGAGGAGGAGACCCCAGUCUGUGUGGUUUUGAGGAAGACGAGCUUCGUAGAGCAGGCUAUCAUGAAGAUGACCUUCGUAGAAGGGAUCACUACCUUGAAGAACAAAUCCAUGGUCAGGAUUAUUUGGAGAACAUGCGUAGACGAGAGUUUUGGAGUCCAGGCCAGGUCACCAAGAGGAAAUCCUCAUCGCCACGCAUACCCUGA